AACAUGCGUGUCAAAUCUCAACCACACGGCCACACGGAGUGCAGUCGUCAUUUCUUCUUGUCAGAUUAUUUUUUUUUUGUUUUGUUGGCUUGACACAAAAUAUAUUUUUAUUGUUUUCCAUACAACACAAGUUCGAAAUAAAAUCAAAAUUUAUAACUAAAAAUGGAUAGAAUAAAUGAAAAAUCAAAUGGAAAUGAUGCAAUUGAACAAGAAGCUGGCGAUAUAUCACAAAUUCUUAUUGCAUUAAUUGCUGGAUUGAUUAUUCUAGUCAUUUUCUUCAUCUACAAAAGUCGAUCGUCGUCCAGAAGACAUUUCAUUUUAACCGGGCUCUGUGAUUCGGGAAAAAGUGUCGUCUUCACACAACUUCUUUAUUCAAAAGUUCCUGAAACUUUCACCUCGAUUGCCGAGAAUGUAGGCACUUAUCAAGCCGGACGACUAUCAGCUCCUCUGGUUGAUAUCCCUGGCCAUGAGCGGGUACGUGACAAGUUCUUUGAUCAAUACAAAAACACUACAAAAGGAGUGAUUUUCCUUGUGGAUUCAGUUACCAUUCAAAAGGAUGUUAGAGAUGUUGCUGACUUUCUUUACACCAUUCUAUCUGACCCUGCCAUUAGUCCUUGUUCAAUUUUGAUCCUUUGCAAUAAACAAGAUGAGGAAAUGGCCAAGAGUGCUCAAGUCAUCAAGACACUAUUAGAAAAAGAAAUGAACACAGUAAGAAAGACUCGUACAAGCAAAUUGCAAUCUGUUGAUGAUUCGGAGAAUAAAGUUGUAUUCUUAGGCAAAGAAGGCAAAGAUUUUGAAUUCUCUCAUCUUAGUCAGAAUGUUCAAUUCUAUGAAGGUUCAGGCAAAAAUAAUGAUCUUGCAAAUCUUUCCGAUUGGAUUGAUCGAAUGUUGUGAGAAAAUGAUUCUCUUGGUUUACAAAUUUGUUGACAAAAUUCUGUAUUUCUCUCCUCACUAUUUUUUUUUUUUUAUAUCAGGGUGUAA